AUGACCUCUCGGGAGCAGCUGGUGCAGCACGUGCUGCAGGAGCUGCAGGAGGCGGUGGAGUCAGAGGGCCUGGAGGGUCUCGUCGGUGCUGCUCUGGAGGCCAAGCAGGUCCUGUCCUCCUUCGCUCUCCCCACCCGCCGUGGGGGGGGGCCCGGCCCCCAGGUGCUGGAGGUGGACUCGGUGGCCCUGAGCCUGUAUCCGGAGGAUGCGCCCCGGAACAUGCUGCCGCUGGUGUGCCAGGGCGAGGGCAGCCUGCUCUUCGAGGCGGCCAGCCUGCUGCUGUGGGGCGACGCGGGCCUCAGCCUGGAGCUGCGGGCGCGCACGGUGGUGGAGAUGCUGCUGCACCGCCACUACUACCUCCAGGGCAUGAUCGACUCCAAGGUGAUGCUGCAGGCGGUGCGCUACUCCCUGCGCUCCGAGGAGUCCCCGGAGAUGACCAGCCUGCCGUCCGCCACGCUCGAGGCCAUCUUCGACGCGGACGUCAAGGCCACCUGCUUUCCCAGCAGCUUCUCCAACGUGUGGCACUUGUACGCCCUCGCCUCAGUGGUCCAGCGCAACAUCUACUCCAUCUACCCGCUGCGCAACCUCAAGAUCCGGCCGUACUUUAACCGUGUCAUCCGCCCGCGCCGCUGCGACCACACGCCCGCCACGCUGCACAUCAUGUGGGCCGGCCAGCCGCUCAGUGGCCACCUCUUCCGCCACCAGUAUUUUGCUCCCGUGGUGGGGCUGGAGGAGGUGGAGGCCGAGAGCGCCCACCCUGGCCCGGCCCCGCUGCCCCCGCCCGCCAAGACCUUGGAGCUGCUCAACCGCGAGCCCGGCCUCAGCUACUCGCACCUGGGAGAGCGCUCCAGCGUCACCAAGAGCACCUUCUACCGCUGGCGGCGGCAGUCCCAGGAGCACCGGCAGAAGGUGGCCACUCGCUUCUCGGCCAAGCACUUCCUGCAAGACAGCUUCCACCGCGGGGGCGUCGUGCCGCUGCAGCAGUUCCUGCAGAGGUUCCCCGAGAUCUCCCGCUCCACCUAUUACGCCUGGAAGCACGAGCUCGUGGGUUCUGGCGCCUGCCAGGCCCUGACCCCCACAGAGGAGCUGGCGAAGCUGCCGGAGCGGCAGGUUGCCGAGGGGCUGGGAUGCUCCUCGACGGCCGCGUCCAGCCCUGGCAUGGUCUUCAUGCAGCGGGCCAAAUUGUACCUGGAGCACUGCAUUGCCCUGAAUACGCUGGUACCCUACCGCUGCUUCAAACGCCGCUUCCCGGGCAUCUCCCGGUCCACCUACUACAACUGGCGCCGAAAAGCUCUCCGAAGGAACCCCAGCUUCAAGCCAGUGCCGGCCCUCUCGGAGUCUGGGCCUCCCCAGCCAGUGCCGGUGGGCGAAAAGGCCUUGCUUCCUUGGAAGGGUGGUGAGGUCGGAGAGGGGGAAGCGAAAGCCACGGGUGGGGGCCCACCCGCACCGCGGGCGUUCCUGCCCCUGAGGGUGCCGUUGUCCCGCUGGCAGAGGCGGCUGCGCAGAGUGGCCCGCAAGCAGGUGCUUGGUGGGCACCUCCCUUUCUGUCGCUUCCGCCUCCGCUACCCGAGCUUGUCACCUUCCUCCUUUUGGGUCUGGAAGAGUCUGGCCCGGAGCUGGCCCAGAAGCCUGUCCAAGCUCCAGAUCCGGGCCCCCACCUUGGGCAGAGGGAGCAGGAAGGAGGCAGAGGAGAAAGAAGCUGGCAGGAAAGUGACAGCUGCUGUGGCCCCCCCUGCAGGGACCCGGCUGAUGGCAGCUUCUCCAGGGGAGGAUCCAAGGCAGGCCCCAGGAGGGCCUUCCAGAGAGGGGCCCCUGCAAGAGGGGCCCACGGCCCAGGGUUGGCCCCCCAGUGGGUCCCUGUCCAGCCACCCUGUGGGGACAGCAGCAGCGGCAGGGGGCCGGGAUGGCCAGGUGCUGGUGAUGGACAUGCUGGCCACCACGAAGUUCAAGGCCCAGGCCAAGCUGUUCCUGCAGAAGCGCUUCCAGUCCAAGAGCUUCCCCUCCUACAAGGAAUUCAGCACCCUCUUCCCCCUCACCGCCCGCUCUACCUACUACAUGUGGAAACGCGCCCUCUAUGAUGGCCUCACCCUGGUGGACGGCUGA